AUCGGAAUACCCACAGUGCCCUCUUUCUUGUCAUCCCAGGUCUUGUCGAUAACCGUCCAUUUAACGUUGUAAGAUCAACCAUUCUCUGUCUUCCACGUCAUGACCAAGAAUCAGAGAAGACCGGUAGUACUUACUGCCUUCCCACAUGACCACAUCAACACCUUCCUACAGCAGCAGGAACCACGACUUGACCUCCGGCGGGUUCUACUGAAACAAUGGUGGAGCUCAGAGUAUCUCCAGACCCCGGACAGAACCUACUGGAAAGAUGUAGAAGUCUACUUUGGAUCCUCAGUACACGUGUGUCAGAACUUACACCUGCUGCCCAAUCUGAGGUGGAUCCAAACGGCGGAGGCAGGAGUUGAUGCAGUGCUGAAGAUCAAACGGGACCUGCCACCCGGCAUCACGGUGACCCGUAACGCCAUGACGUUCCAAUCUCCGAUCUCCCAGUAUGUCAUUGGUCAAAUCAUCUCUGCCAACAUGAACUUCCGACACUUUCAGAGGCAGCAAAACCAACGCACGUGGGACAGGCAUGUGUACAUCUUAGACAUCACUUAUAAAUGUCUUAUGUUAGAGCUUGAUAACAGGUUGUUGAAAACAUCUUUCAGAACAACCCCCGAUUCUGGAUUGAAGCACCUCAGCUCGUGUACGGUGGGGAUACUGGGACUGGGAGCUAUUGGCAGCGAAGUUGCCCGUGCAUGUAAAUACUGGGAUAUGACUGUGUGGGGUUUGAAACGAUCUGAAGUCAAGGAAGAAGACAGGAAGACAUUUGUGGAUGAGUACAGACAACCAUGUGAUCUGCUUGAACUACUGUCCUCCUGUGAUUUCCUGGUCAACAUUCUACCGUCUACACCUGAAACUCGGGGUCUUCUGAGUGGAGACGUGCUUUCCCACUGUAGGAAGAAGCCUCUGUUCAUCAACGUUGGACGCGGAGACAUAAUUGACGAUGAGAGUCUUCUUUCAGCACUCAGAGGAGGAUGGCUGUCGGGGGCUGUGCUGGACAUCUUUACGGAGGAGCCCUUGUCUCGAGAUAGUCCUCUGUGGGGAGAGAGGGACGUGGUGAUCACACCCCACGUAUCUAACCAAAGUGAUUGUAUGGACUCAUACAAAAAGCUGGCGUCCAUGUUUUUGGCCAACUAUAAUCGUUACCUGAACGGACAAGCACUGGAGAAUGUUGUAAACAUUGACAGGGGAUACUGAACGAUAUGUCUACUGAAGCACGUGGUCGGUUCAGCGUUUCUGUUGGGUUGUUGAUUUGACAGUUACAUUCAAACGUAACAGUUCACUUUAAUGCCGGUGACUGCGAGCACUUGGACUUUAAACUCUUUG